GAUUAGUUUGAGAAUAAAGAUUUGGGCUAAAAAUUUCUUUGUUAUAUACAUUGAAACAAAAUGCCCAAAAACUAAAUAGGUUGAGAUGGGUUGUCUCUCACCCAAUUACUGUAACUCUAAUAAAAUUGGCAAGUUUAGAAGAUUUGAGACGUUUCAGUUUUCACUUCCCUCUUCCGAUUCUCUUUAAACGGUCUCAAAACCAAAAUCCAAAAUUCAGAACCCUAGAAUCUUGUUUCUGGAAAUCAAAGGGGAAAUUUCUUGUCUUCUUUGAUCAGAUUCCUCAAGAUUAGCUUCGAAUCUCAAGGGAGAUGUCUGGAUCAUUGAUUCCGGGAUCGAAUCCGGAUCGGGUUUUAUCUCCGACGAGUUCAAAAUCGGUGACGCAGACGGUGAACGGGUCACAUCAAUUCGUGAUUCAAGGAUACAGUUUAGCGAAAGGGAUGGGUAUAGGGAAGCACAUAGCGAGUGAUAAUUUUUCCGUCGGAGGUUAUCAGUGGGGGAUUUUCUUCUACCCGGACGGUAAGAAUCCGGAGGAUAAUUCGUCGUACGUCUCUGUUUUUAUCGCAUUGGCGAGUGAAGGAACUGAAGUUAGGGCGCUUUUUGAGCUAGCUCUUGUUGACCAAAGUGGAAAGGGGAAACACAAGGUUCAUAGCCAUUUUGAGCGGUCACUUGAUGGUGGACCUUAUACACUCAAAUACAGAGGAAGCAUGUGGGGAUACAAGCGUUUCUUCAGACGUUCCAUUCUUGAGACAUCUGACUACCUGAAAGACGAUUGCUUGAUAAUCAAUUGUACGGUUGGAGUUGUGGUUUCAGAAAUUCAAUGCCCACAGUUACACUCUGUUCACGUCCCUGAUUCAGAACUUGGAUCACAUUUUGGUGUUCUACUGGAUAGCAUGGAAGGUUCUGAUGUAACUUUUGACAUUGCUGGUGAGAAGUUUCUAGCUCAUAAACUAGUACUGGCUGCUCGAUCUCCAUUUUUCAAAUCUAUGUUUUUCAGUGAGUUUGCUGCAGACAAUACAGAGGUUACUAUUAAUGAUUUGGAACCUAAGGUUUUUAAGGCUUUGCUACAAUUCAUGUAUAAAGAUUCUCUUCCCGAAGAUGUGGAGCCUGCAACAACUCAUACGUUUGAGCGCUUAAAGCUGUCAGAAAUAUACGAGACAUUGAUUGUAAAGGUUUUAGCAGCAGCAGACAAGUACGACCUGAUUAGGCUCAGGUUGUUGUGUGAAUCUCACAUCUGCCAAGGCGUAUCAGUCAAAUCCGUCGCCAAGAUCUUAGCGUUGGCCGACAGAUAUAAUGCUAAGGAACUAAAGAACGUUUGCCUUAAAUUUACUGCUGAGAACCUAGCAGCUGUACUGGAGACAGACGCUUACCAACAGAUGAAGGAUGAAUGUGUGACCCUCCAGUCUGAGCUUCUGAAGGCGGUGGCUGGUCACGAGGAAGGCAGUAACACUUCUGGUGGAGCAAAAUCUCAGAGCGUGUGGGCCCAACUUUCUGACGGCGGUGGCGAUACCAGCAGCAGACAUGUUAGACAACGAACCACCUAGAGCCUCAGUAUGCAUUUUCUCAGGUUAAUAAUAGCCAUAGAGAGGGUAUAUAACUGUUUUUUUUUUUUUUUUUUUUUUUCUGUAUUCAAAAAAAUAUGUAUGAUCCUAAGUCCUAACUCUAUGAUAGGUAAACUCUUUCACUUAUCACUUCAGUUACAGCUUUGGAUGUAUUCUUCUUUUCGUGUUUAUGUAUUUUAAAUCCCAUAAUAGUUUUAAAUCCCAGAACAUGUAGUUGUUUCUUUUA